AUGGCCACCAAGACUCUAACCGGCGCAUGCCUGUGCGGCAAAAUUACCUACGCAAUUGACCUCCCAGCAACCGAGCCAAACCCCAAGGUCGUCCUCUGCCACUGCACAAGCUGCAAGCGAUACUCCGGCGGCGGCUUCUCAACCAACAUCAUGAUCCCUAGGGAGACUUUCCGGUACACCAGCGGCACCCCCAAAGUAUUCCUCGACCCCUCCACGGACAGCGGCAACCUCCUCCCGCGCGAAAUCUGCGGCGACUGCGGUUGCCAUUUCACUUCCGCCAUGCCCGAUUGGCCUGUUGUCGCGUUGAAAUGGGGGACACUGGACGAGGAGCAUCGGGCUGGGGCGGAAUUGCUGGGAGAGAUCUAUUGUAAGCGGAAGGAUGCCUGGCUCGAGUCGUUGGGGCGCGGGGAGUUUCUCAGGGCGGAGGGGAUGUCGUCGUAG